AGCAUAUAAGGCCUCUUUUACAAUCCUAAGAUUUAUCAGUUUGCCUCCCUGACAGCUCAUCCACACCAAAAGUAGCCUCUGGCUUCUCCCCUCCUGCCGCUGACAACAGCACCGAUGCACCGUGCAGCAGCGUUCCUCGCCCUCGCGGGCCCACUCGUCUCCGCUGCGGUGACGCCUACCGCGCCUUCGCUCGGGGUUUCCACGUCGCUCACGCAGUACUGGGCGGAGCUCACCCCAUACACGAGCGUCGAAAACUACACGGCCCCGCCAGAUGGAUGCACCAUCACGCAGGUCAACCUGCUGCAACGUCACGGCGCAAGGUACCCGAAGCAGAGCGACGGGGAGGAUAUGCAGGCGAGCGCUGAGCAGCUGCAGAGCGCGAAGAGCUUCAAUGGGUCGCAGUACGACUUCUUGGCGAACUGGACGUAUGGGCUUGGCACGGACGAUCUGGUGCCGUUCGGCGCUGCACAGUCUUACGACUCCGGGCAGGUGGCUUACACCCGGUAUGCGUCACUCGUCAACUCGAGCUAUCUCCCGUUUGUACGGGCAUCGGGCUCGCAGCGAGUCAUCGACUCGGCAAACAACUGGACUGCAGGCUUCGCGUUUGCCAGCAGCAACCAGUACCAACCUGUCCUUUCCGUGAUCAUCGACCAGAGCACCAACGACACGCUCGAGGACGACAUGUGCCCCAACGCCGAGUCCGGCAAGAAAGAGCGAAACGACUGGAAAGACGUGUUCGCGCCCGCGAUCGAAGACCGGAUCAACGACGACUGCCCCGGCGCGAGCAUCGGCAAGUCCGACGUGAUCAACCUGAUGGAGCUCUGCCCGUCCGAGACGGUCGCGUACGAGCGCGCGUCCGGGUUCUGCGGGCUGUUCACCGACGCCGAGUUCGCGCAGUGGGAGUACUACAACGACCUCGACGACUACUACGCGAACGCGUACGGCGCGGCGCUCGGGCCCGUGCAGGGCGUCGGGUGGGUGAACGAGCUGCUCGCGCGGCUGCAGGACGCGCCCGUGCAGGACGCGACGCAGACGAACGCGACGCUCGACGGCGAUCCGGCGACGUUCCCGCUCGGAAUGAGCUUUUAUGCGGACUUUUCGCAUGAUCAUGAGAUGGUGUCGAUUUUCGCGGCGUUGGGGCUGUUUGAGCAGAGCGCGGAUCUGAGCACGGCGAGUGUGGAUGCGGACAGGACGUUUGUGUUGUCGAAGAUCGUGCCGUUCUCUGCGCGGCUUGUUGCGGAGCGCCUGGACUGCGGUGGGACGCCGUCGAUCCGGGUACUGGUCAAUGAUGCUGUGAUGCCGUUGGCGUUCUGCGGGAGCGGGGACGGGCUCUGCCAGUUGGAUAAUUUCGUGGAGAGCCAGUCGUUUGCGCGGAGUAACGGGAAUGGCACGUGGGCGGAGUGUAGCAGCUGAGGACUCAAUUUGUGCUGGAUUGCCGUAUGUUUAUUUACACAGGUGUUUACUUCAUAGUAGGGCUGCUGGAUAUUGUCACAUAGGAGGUUUGCGAAGCUGGUGCGCUUUGGAUGCGAGUCGCGUACUUUGUCUUGGCCUUUGUUUGUAGUUGUUAGGUCCGAAAGCCCUCGCCAAACAACGGGCGACGUGUUGAUUUUUCCUUCGGCUGGAUACUUCAGUGAGGUUUCCAU